UAUGAUCCUAUUCCAAAAAUUGGGUUUCAGUUUGGGGAUGGAGGAGGGAGCGGAUUUGUUGGGCAGCGCCGGAAGCGGAGCCACCUGCUCCUCCUCUCCUCACAUCCAUGGCCGCUCUCCUUCAGAAAACUGUCUCUGUAGCCCCACACCGGAUUCAGAAGAGCCCUUUUCCCGUUUCCGUACGUCUAGGGCUUUCUCCCUUGCGCGCUUUCGCUUCGCUUGCUACCUGCCUACUCUACCCACCUUUACUCUGCCAUUUCCAUUUUCGCGCGCGCCAUUUACAACUCUCUCGACUGAUCGAAUCAUCGAUCCAAUCUGAAGUUAUAAUUAUAGUAAUAAUCCUAAAAAAUAAAAAAUAAAAAAUGCAAGUCAGGAACCAAGGUGAGGAGAAUCCAGAACAGAUGGAAUCGGCAGAGGAUAAGCGACUCCUAGCAGAAAUGGAGAUGAUGAAGGAAAAAUUCGCGAAGCUUCUGCUAGGAGAGGACAUGUCUGGAGGUGGAAAAGGCGUUUCCUCUGCUUUGGCACUCUCAAACGCCAUUACUAAUCUUGCUGCUUCUGUUUUCGGGGAACAAUCGAAGCUCGAGCCUAUGUCUCCGGAGAGAAAAGCUCGGUGGAAGAGGGAGAUCGGUUGGCUUUUAUCCGUCACUGAUUACAUUGUCGAAUUCGUUCCUUCUCAGCAGAAACAGAAGGAUGGAUCGAGCAUGGAGGUAAUGACAACACAACAAAGGCGAGACCUGCUUAUGAACAUUCCAGCUCUGCGCAAGCUCGAUGCAAUGCUCGUGGACACUCUGGAUAACUUCAAAGGCCAGCACGAGUUCUGGUAUGCAUCGAAAAAUGCUAGUGAUUCGGAGAAAGGGGUUCAAAGGGACGACGUCAAAUGGUGGCUACCGACGAUCAAGGUUCCGCCAAACGGGCUAUCAGAAGAAACCCGACAGUUCAUAUUGAAGCAAAAGGAAUCAGUGAAUCAAGUGCAGAAAGCUUCAAUGGCGAUCAACGCUCAAAUACUCUCCGACAUGGACAUUCCUGAAAGCUACAUCGAAUCCCUGCCGAAGAACGGAAAAUCAAGCCUCGGGGAGUCCAUCUACAAAAACAUUACUGACGAUGUAUUCGAUCCUCAUCAAUUCCUGUCGACAAUGGACCUCUCUUCCGAGCACAAAGUUCUUGAUCUCAAGAACAGAAUCGAAGCCUCUGUGGUGAUAUGGAAGAGGAAGCUGCACUACAAGGACUCAAAGGCUUCGUGGGGAUUGGCAUUGAGCUCCGAGAAGAGAGAACUCUUCGAGGAAAGAGCCGAGACAAUCUUACUACUGCUAAAACAUCAAUUCCCCGGCCUCCCUCAAUCCUCGCUCGAGAUCACCAAAAUCCAAUACAACAAAGAUGUAGGUCUGUCCUCCCUCGAGAGCUACUCAAGGGUGCUCGAAACUUUGGGCAACACGGUGUUGUCCCGAAUUGAAGAUGUCCUUUACGCCGAUAAGAUGGCUCGUGAUCCAUCACUUGCUGCUGAGCCUCCAUCUCACCAGGCGGUCGAAUCCCUGCCACUCCCGUCAAAACUGAAUGCUUAUCCGAACCCCGAAGAGAAUAAUUCCGACAAGUUGGACUCAUCUGCCGAGACCCCGACUUCUUCGAUGACCCUCUCGGAUUUCAUGGGAUGGAACCUCGAGCCUCCCGAGGGAGAUGUCGCGCAUGCCAGCCCGCCGGUUCAGGCAGAGCCCGUCAAUAGUAACGCGAAGGAGGAAGAAGAAAAUGUGGUCACCACGGCAUCUAAGUCUACUAGUACGUUCAAGAAGUAUUUGUACAUAGAUAAGAUCGAUUUGAGCGGUUUGAAAAGCCCGAUUGCCCGACAUUAAAGACCGGGUAGUAAAUUUUUUUUUUUUUUUUUUUAAAAAAAUAAAACGACAGGGUAAAGAUAGAGUGACGUUUCGUCGAACUGUAUUUUCGCAUUUGGGUAGGAAAGUAAAUAUGUAUAUGUAUUGAGUCUGUUCAUUUGGUUGUAGAUGAUGUUGUUCUCUUGACUUUUAGGAAAUGUAAAUUUUUUGUUUGUUGUA